UCACCCUUUGUGUGGCCGGAGCUGGGCUGGUCUCUCCCAGCCCCGGCAUGGAAGAGCAGGAGCUGUAAGAGGCAGCCAUGGUCACUUGUGGCUCCUUGGCCCGGCGUCCUGGAAAUCAUUUAUGUGGGUUGGAGGGCCGGAGCCGGAACACACGGAGCCUCCCGGUCACCGGUCACCGGGCGGAUUCUGCCUUCAGGACGUGAGCGCAGGGACCCAGAGAAAUGCGUCUGAAAUCAGAGAAGAAUCCAGACAGCCGGGGAACGCAGGUGGGAGCCUGGGAGUCUCUUUAUGGCCCAUGAAGGUCACCCUGGAGAGCCCCGCGCGCACACCUGCACCUGGGGCCGCUGGGGCAUGGGGACAAGGAGCUGUGAGCUGGAACACACCGGGGCAGGUCGGAGUUGGGCCGCUUCCCCGGUCCCUCCUGCUGCGCUCAGUGCCUGGGUGAAACAAAGAAAAUUGUGUCUGCCAGGCCGGCGAGCCGGAGUCACAAGAUUGCGCGUGUCAUGCAGCGCCCUGGGACUCCUGCAGGGACCCCUCCGCCGUCCGGGCGCCGGACCUUCCAGAUCAAAGCCUUCAGCACGGAGUUGAAAAACCAUGUGAUGGUCAUGGAUUUCGUCAAGAGCAACUGGUUUCCCGCCCAGAGAAGAGCCAAAGUGUGUAUCCUCCGUCUGUACCGCGGCCUGAAGCCGGCCGAGAGGAGCGCCAGCAGCUACGAGGAGACGCUGACAUCACAAAACACGAAAAUGAUUUCGUCCUUAGUCAUUUCGCAGCUGAUCGAUGAGAACAAGCCCCAGGAGAAGGGGGCCGCCGUGCCCGCGCUGUGCGCUGCCGCUCAGCCGCCCACGUGGCCCGGGAAGCGCGCUCUGGCCAGUCGCAGCGGGGUCACCAUCAACAGGGCCUUCGCGUUCCUUCCCGGCCAGCUAGGACCUCAGCCACCGGCCGGGGUGCAAGGACCGGAGCCUGCGCUCACCCCCAAAGAGGAGAAGCAGCCGGGCAGCAUCCCCCAGAAGGGGUUUGCAUCCAUCACCAUCACGGCCCGGCGUGUGGGCCCCCCAGCCCGGGCCCUGGUGUGGGGCACCGGGGGGGACCCGCUGUGCAGCCGGUGCCGGGCCCAGGACCCUCAGCUCAGGGGCCCCCCUGCUCUGGCCAGCGGCGCUGACCCAGGUCGGCACCACGGACCUCUCGCCUGCACGGAACCCUCCGGAAGCAGCCCUGUGAUGCGGCUGGGGUUCCCGGAGGCCCACGCACGGCUGUGUGAUGGACACCAGUACUGGGUGGCCAGCGUGGACCGCGGGGAGGACAGGUUCUCCCCAGGCCGCCCGCGGUCGGGGCAGGGCCCGCUGCUGUUCAGCUCCUGUGUGCACCUCAGGGUGUCGCGGCGGUGCCCCAACGCCACCUGCUCUCCGGACGGGUCCCCCUCCAUCCCCAUGGAGCCAACUCAGCUGGCCGGCCCCCAAACGCACAGGGCCGUCCUGUCGCUCAACCUAAACUGCAGUUCUCACAGACUGACACCAGAUGGGGCAGACGGCCCAGCCACCGGAGGGCCAAUCAGCAGCAGCCUGAAGCCGCAGCUGGCGGAGGGCUCCGGCCUCCAGGGCCCGCGCUGGGCCCCCGCCCUGCACCCCUCCUUGGGGCAGGUGCACUUGGGGGCUGGCACAUGUCCUUGGAGUGGCCCCCCUCCGACGGAAAGCACAGAACUCGCAGAUGCGGGGACUCGGCAGAUCACUGCGAGGAAAGGGAAGGGGGACCACGGGACUCCUCGUCACACCGGCGGUCACACCAGUGCUCACGCCAACCAGCUGUCCAUCCACAUUCCCGGCUGGAGCUACCGGGCAGGUGACAAGAAAGCCCUUCGUGGCCACGCUGUGGACUCUGUGCCUGAGAUUUAUAGGCACAGCUCCCACGCUGUAACCACCCCAUCCGCCCUAUGUGGCCGCUUUGGGAACAGCACGCUCGAGGAGACGAGGCGACCGGAAGUUCACGUGCAGGGUGGCUGUGCGGUGACAGGCCUUCGGAGCAGCAUCGCACACCCGCCCUGGCUGAGCCUGAGAGCUGCGGUGCCCCUGGGAGCGGCCUUCUCAGCCUCGGGGAUGCUGGCCUUGCGCACAGUGGAGAAGGGGCAGCUGGGAGGUGAGCUGGGAGAGGCAGGGCCACGUGGACCAGGGAUGAUCCACAGGCACAUCCAGGAGGAAGCAGUCAGCCCCCCGCCAUCUUACAUCAUGAUCGCAGCAAACACCCCCAACCUGCGGGAGGGCUGCUCCGAGUGCCAGCAACCACCAGCCAGCCCCUCCUUGACCUUGCAGGAAGCACUGGAGGCCCGGAGGCCGCAGUUCAUCUCUCGCUCGCAAGAGCGGCUGAAGAAGCUGGAGCUCAUGGCGCAGCAGAGGCGGGCCCAGCGCCAGGAGAGCCCGGGGCCGAAGCCGGGCCCCGUUCCAGUCCGCGCCAGCAGGAGGCAGUUCACCGUCCCCCAUCCACUUAGUGAUAACUUGUUCAAACCCAAAGAAAGGUGCAUUUCGGAGAAGGAGAUGCACAUGCGAUCCAAGAGAAUCUACAACAACUUGCCGGAAGUCAGAAAGAAAAAAGAAGAACAGAAGAAAAGGGUGAUCUUACAGAGUAACAGACUCCGCGCGGAAGUCUUCAAAAAGCAAUUACUGGACCAGCUCCUUCAGCGGAACGCCGUCUAACCCAGGCUGCCUGCCGGCCCCUGCCCGGACCUGGGUGGCUCCAGCGCUGGACACACCAUUAAACAGCCCAUCUUCACGGCGGCAAACACUGAUUUUUACUUGGGAUGAUUUUUUUUAUUUUUAUUUUUUGCAUAAAGGAAAGCC